AUGGAUGACUUCCCCUUUGGCGUGGAGUGGAACAUCGCGAUGUCGGAUUUGUCGUGCCUGCAGACUCGGUUCGAUGCGGCUGGGCUGGAGGAGCUGGAUGCCAUCGCAUCUGAUAGGUCGAGGCAGGCACAGGAGAAGGAGCUGGAGCAAGAGCAGAACGGCGAUACCGGUAUGUCCAUAUCGCCACCCAUGACGCCGGAAAGCCAUAGGACUGGGUCUUGGGAGCCGUCGAGUGAUGAGAACAGCGAAAUGGAAAGACCGCACCUCGCGGCGGACGAGGAGAGUUUGAAGGCAGGGAGAACAUCCUGGACAUCAAAGAUGCCUUGCGGUAGCUUCAGUGUUGGAAAUGGCAGCGAUGUUGUCGGUUUAUCCAUCUCGCCAGUGGCGCGGAACGCUAUUGUCGGUAUGAUCCUCGACAACACAUCCCGUGCCAACGCUGGACCUGUUCUGGCUGCUUUCCCGUCGGUGGAGGCGCUCAAUGCGCUUUUGGAGGUGUAUGCUCGCGAUUGCUGGGGGAGAGCAUCAUCAGUACAUUGUUCCUCGGCAGCGACAGCGAAGUACGGGAUCAUCGACGUGAUACACUUCCCUACACUACGUCUUGAUCAGCAGAGACCAGAAUUGUUGGGUGCGUUGAUUGCCGUUGGCGCCAUCAGGACUGGUUCGGUUGUGGCAAGGAGUUUCGGUUACGCAAUGCAGGAUGUCUGGGAGAAAAACAACGCGAACCUCUGCGACAUCAGUCUAUCCCAGGCCUUCUUCCUGCAGCAGCACGUCGCCUUCUUCAGUGGUGAUCAGCGCAAGGUUGCAUUCGCGGAAGCCUGUUCUGGAUGUAUGCAGGUGAUGAUGAAGAACGGAGGGCAUAUUCAAGGGGCUAUGGAGACUGAUCAGGCCCUCUUUCAACUCCAGAAUCUUUGUGAUCUGGAUGAAGGGGCUCUUGAGGACGUCUGGCGGAGGUGGUCUGUCCGUGAAGGAAGAAGGAGGUUGGUGUAUGCUACGUACAUCAUGGAUAGCCAUGUCGGGAUAGUGCAUGGGAUUAGGGGGAUGGCGAGAUACGGAGAUAUGAGGCUUUCGCUCCCCGCGCCGGAAGGGUUGUGGAGGGCUGAGUCGGCGGCGAAGUGGAGGGAGGAGAUGGUACGGUUGAUGCCGGGGGCAACGAGACCUCCUUCCUCUUCUUCUAUCACCUCCUCGCCAUCGCCGUCACUGUCUUUGAAGGACUUGAUGGGUGAUCCGACGCUGGUCGCUAGAUCCCAUAAUCACAGUAAGGUGGACAAGACUUUCGCCACUCUAGGCUUCUAUGCUGGUCUCUGGGUGCUUGUCGAAGAAUGUCGCCAGCUGAAGGCUAUCAGCGGCCACGGAAAAUGGAGCGACAUGAUUUUAUCCUCGCGGCGGAUGGAGCUGGGUUCGAUUCUCAAACUGUUUCAUUCUUCUUUACGAGCGACGGGGUGGGCGGUGUUUCCUGGUGCGGAGAUGAUGUAUGAAGUUCUUCAUAUGUAUAUCUCGACGUCGCUCGACGGGGAUGAGUUUCGUGGUACUACUUUAUCACCCCCACUGUCGCAACACGUUCACGGCGAGGGAUCGAUGAAUGGAGUUGAGGAAAGCCCGGAAGACCGGAGCGCGGUUUGGAGAGCGGGUAAGGUUCUUCGUAUGGCGAGGCAGCUUGAGCCUGGAACGUUGAGUGGGGUCUAUUGCGUUGCUCUUCGGGAUGCUACUGUUCUCCUUUGGCAAGCGGGGAGGAAUAUUUCUGUGCGGGAGAAAGAAGCGAUAGAGCAGUAUCGUCCGGUGCCGAGAUGUGGUAUUGGCGCGGCUGCUGUGUUGGUGCUGGACGGAGAGGAGGAUGUGCCAGAGUAUCAGGUAUUGGACAGGAACGUUCGCCUUGUGCUGCGUGGUACCGGAACGGAAGAGGAUAAUGUGGCGCUCGAGGACAUGGCGGGUGUGAUAAGGCUAUCACGGAGGAUUAUUGAGGGAAAUUGGAAAGGCUUGAGAGUGCCGGGCGGUGUUGAGGAGGUUUGUUACUUGUUGGAUGGUCUUGGGAAGGUGUCCGGUCCAUGA